UGUUACACUUUUUGGGAGCUCGCGCUGCGUUUCCGCGCUGUCAUUGUUUCCGUUUCCACCAACGAGAAGCCCAACGCCUGCGCAUAUCUUUGUUCGUGUUGAAUCCGUUACGUUGCAUUGUAGUCCGGACUACUUUGGAGUUUCAGGAGAGUUUCUAUCUUUUUCCAACCAUGGGGGACAUCGAGGCUCCCAACUCGAAUCGGCCGCGCCAGAAUGUCCUACUCUCUGUUCUCCCGAGCAAAGAGUUCGCCUCCUCAAGGAAAGGAAUGCUGCUUAUUGCUGAAGUGGCGCUGUCCUUUGUGUCCUUCGUGUGUUUCGCGGCGUCCACAGCUGCAGCCUUUGUGACCGUCCCUCUGCUGGAGUUCCUCGCCGCUCUCUUCUUGUUGUUCGCUUACUCCACCAAAUUUAAUGAGAGGUUUAAAGGCUUCCUCUGGCCUCUGAUGGAUUUCAUGAGAUGCGUGUCUGCCUCCAUUAUCUUCUUCAUCAUCUCAAUCAUUUCAGUAUCCAAAUAUGUGGACAGUUCCUCUAAGGCUGCUGGGAUAUUUGGGUUCAUUGCCACCAUCGUUUUUGCUUUAGAUUUUUACCUCAUUUUCAAUGAGCUGGCUGCUUUCCUAAAACAAGGAGGAGGAGGAGGAGAGUCCAAUGAGGAGCCAUCAAGACACCACGAUGGGCUUUCAGACUCUGAUUCGGACUGAGACCGGACCACCACCACUAGGAGAUCCACCAGCUGACAAGAUCAUGUAAAAUAAAACUUUGCAGGAGAAUUUGUCACUGCUAAGUUAGCAUCAUUGUGUCUCAAGUUUACUUUGAUACUGUGUACAGAAAUAACCACAAGGUCACUUUGCUUGUUGGUUAAUUCUAAUAAUGAUUUACAUGUAUUGGUAGUUGGAAAAUUCUGACCUUCUUUACUUUCUUACUUUCCUCUUUGAAUUUUUCUGUUUAGCAUCCAUUCAAGACACGUCUAGGCUGAUGUGUCAAAUAUAUUGGUCUUUUUAAGUUACUAAUAUAGUGGUCAUUGAAAGGAGUUUAUAAAAUAAUGCAAAAGAAAAAAGCUCUUUUUUUGUGCCCACGUGUUUAUAAAUCACAUGUCUUAGAUGAUUUAGAGAAAAUAGAACUGCCAUCCUCAUACUUUAAUGAUCAUAACGCUGGGAGAUUGAUUGGUCUCAUGACAUUGGGUUCUCAGAAGCUGUUUGUAUGAUCCGCACGUAGAAACUACAACACUAAUGACAUGCAUUAUUACUAUUGAAUACAUGUUUAAGUGUGCCAAAAAUUAAGCAUCUAAGUGGGGCAUCAUCACCAUUUAUACAUUUUUAGUACUAUCAAAAAAACUAUGUACAGUACAUAGACAAACAGGUUGGCUGGUUACAACCUCUAAACUCUACAAGAGUGCAUGUUUUAUAGCUAGAGGGUGAUAUGAUCCUACCUUCCGAUACAUUUAACUUUUGGUACAACAUAAUUCCUUUAAUUGCUUUCCCUCGACAACCUUUUCUGGAUCGUUAGCUCUUAAUAUGACCCUGUGACUCGCAUAUAAAAGUCGUCAUGAAUCCAAGUGACAGAAAUGAUGCUAUUUUAAAAUCAGUUCAACUAACCCAGAGUUUGAGUUUGAGUGCUCCUUUGUUUCAGUUUGUUCUCUGUAUGCGCUUCACAACCAAUGUGUGUGUGUGUGUGUGUGUGUGAAAAUAACAGUGCAUUGUCGAUACUUAAUGCAUUAUUAUACUGUUAAAUUCUCGAUAUCCUAUAUGUGAAUCUUUUUUUCUUUGAGUCUUCAGUUCUUCUGCAGCCACUACUGAAGAAUGACCCGCACUAGCCACAGCGACUGUUCAUGUGAUGCACUGCACGAGUGCUCCAACAGCACUGUGAAUUGAAAGUGGAUGAAUCGGUGGCCUCUAACUUCCAUGUGGAAUGUCAACUGUUGAGAGCAAUUGACAUAUUAAUAGUAACCAAAAUACUUCCAAGGUUUGCCUUUCAUGGGAGAGUUUGUUACUUCUGGGACGUCUUUUGUUUGAAUGUUGCCCUGCAGGCAGAAUCUUUGAGGCAAAAAUCCUUCAGUUUAUCUGAAGAUAUGCAAUUUCACUGGAUAACUACAAAACUCUAGCACACCCCUUUGCCCUUUCUGAACUAUUGUUGGUGAAAUAUGAAGAUAUCUUUUUUUACACUGUUUUGCCAUUUUAUGAAAAAAAAGUUUAAAUAAAAAAAUAAAGCUACUUUCAAUAAUG